AUGUUUCAACCUUGCGCAAAUAUUACAUGCAAACGUGCAUCUUGUGCUUUAUGUCAUUGUUGUCAACAAAAUGUGUGUAUAUCUCAUUUAAAUGAACAUAAUGAAUCUCUUAAUUCUCAAAUAAAUCCUCUUGCUGAUAGUAUUAAUGCACUUAAUCAUCGAUUUAAAACAUUAUAUAUUCAUGAAACAAUACGUGAUUAUCAACAAAAACUUGAACAAUGGCGUUUAGAUUGUUAUCAAAAAAUUGAUCAUUUAUUUGAAGAAAAAUGUCAAGAACUUAAUCAACUUGUAUCUAAUAUAUUAGAUGAACAACGAAAUAAAUUAACGUAUAUUCAAUCUGAAAUAUCAAAACUUAUUCAAAAUAAAGAAAUAACACAAAAAAAUAUUGAAUCAUUUACAUCAAGUAUAUCACAAUUAAAUAAUGAAUUAGAAAAAAUUGAAUGUACAACAUAUAUUCAAUUAAAUAUUUCUCCUUUAAUAAUAAAUGAUACUUUAAUUUAUAUUAAAAAACUAAAAAAAAAAACUAUUGAUCUAUCAAUUUUAUCAUCUGUAUAUAAAGAAAUAAAAUAUACACCUGGAAGUUAUUGUCCAUUGGCUUGUAAUGAUCAAUUAUUAUUAAUACAUCAAGCACCUAAUUUAUGUUUUAUGAAUAAUGAAAUGAUUAUAGUCAAAGAAAUUUUAUGGACAUAUAAUGCUAUUCGAGAUAUAUGUUGGUCAUCAAUAUUAAAUAAAUUUAUUAUUAUUGAAGAAAAUAAUAUUUUUCUUAUUAAUGAAAAUACUAUGUCUAUUGAAAAUAUAAAAACUAUUGAGAAACGUAGAUGGUUUGCAUGUACAUGUUCGGAUACAUAUCUAUUUUUAACAACAGGUGUAAGAGGUUCAUCUAUUGUAGAAUUUCAUUUAUCUCCUUUAAUAACUGCUAUUAAAGAAUGGAAAUCUCCUAAUACAUGUACAAAAAAUGAAUUUAUAAAUGGUAUUAUUUAUAAAAAUAAUAUACUUGCAUUAAUAAUUAAAAAUAAAAUUGAAAAAACUUUACGUUUAGAAUUACGAUCUUGUGAAAAACUUAAUUAUAUUUGGUCACUUCCAUUGAAUAUUAUAUGUAAUCAAAAUAUAGCUUUUCGUUUUUGUUCAAUUAGCUAUGAUCAAUGGUUAAUAGCUGAUUAUGAGACUGGACAUUUGUUAGAGAUUACAAAUGAUGGAAAAUUAAAAACAAAAAUAUCAUAUAAAACAAUUCCUUAUUAUAUUUGUCUAUUUAGUUCAGACAUACUUGUUGUAUCGACUGCAAAAGGAGUUAAUUUUCAUAAAAUAUAA